CCGAGGAGCCAUGGCCGGGGCCGGGGGCCCAGCGCGGCGGCUGCUCCGGCCCCGCCGGCAGCGGGGCGGCGAGGAGGCACCGGGAGAGCAUCUGGCCUGUGAGCGAAAAGCCGAGGGGGAGCGGCAAAGUGCAGAGCUGCUGAAACAGACGGAAGCCGAGAGGCAGAAGAUCGUUGCGGAGUGGAAGGAGCUGCGAGGGUUUCUGGAGGAGCAGGAGCAGCUCCUGCUGUCCCAGCUGGAAGAGCUAGCCAGAGCCAUCGUCAGGAGACGGGACGAGGGCGUCUCCAGACCGUCCGGGGAGAUUUCCCUGCUCGGAGAGGAGGGGCAGCAGCAGGCAGGGAGCCAGUCCCCACAGGGUGCUGGACGCACUGAGAGCAGCAGGGAGGACGGGCUGUUUCAGAAGCCAGAGCCGGGGUUUGCGGAGCUGGAGAAGAGACUCAGCGAUUUCUCUCUGAAAAGUGCCAUCCUGCAGGAGGUGCUGCUGGGAUUCAAAGAGACUCUGCGACUGGAGCUGGAGAACAACACAGGGUUUCCAGUUUCCAAACCUGAUGGUGUCUCCCAGCUGGAACAAGGGGAAGAGCCGUGGGUCCUGGGUCUCCAGGGCUCGGAAGAAAGAGAGAUCCAGGGAGGUGCCUGCAGGGCAGGCGAAGGGGCAGUGAGUAAGAGCAAGGAGGAGAAUCCUCAGCAGAAAGAUCACGAGCUAGUGGAACCACCCGGGAGGUUUUCAGAAAGAUUUGAAGGGAAUAUUCACUGGAGUCGUGAGCGGAGAAAAGCUCAUGAGAGUCAGCAGAGAAAUCAGCCAGGGGAUGGUCGGGGAAGUGGCCAGGACCUCCAGGAAACCACAGCCCAGCAGAGAAUCCCCCCAGGAGAGAGAAAAAACACCUGCACGGAGUGUGGGAAAACCUUCAGUAGUCGCUCCAACCUUAUUACACACUGGAGAAUCCACACAGGAAAUAGACCGUAUAAAUGCUCAGAGUGUGGGAAAAGCUUCAAUCAGCGUUCAAACCUUAUUAAACAUUGGAGAAUCCACACAGGAAAUAGACCCUUUAAAUGCCAUGACUGUGGGAAAAGCUUCACUGACAGCUCAAACCUUACUCAGCAUCAGAGAACCCACGUGGGGGAGAGACCCUAUAGAUGCUCAGAAUGCGGGAAAAGCUUCACUCGGAGCUCCGACCUUAUUAGACAUGAGACAAUCCACACGGGAGACAGACCCUUUAAAUGCUCCAAGUGUGGGAAAAGUUUCAACGACCGCUCCAACCUUAUUACGCAUCAGAGAACCCACAUGGGGGAGAGACCUUAUAGAUGCUCAGAGUGCGGGAAAAGCUUCAGUGUGAGCUCCAGUCUUAUUACACACUGGAGAAUCCAUACGGGAGAGCGACCCUAUGAAUGCUGCGAGUGUGGGAAAAGCUUCACUCGGAGCUCAGACCUUAUUAGACAUGAGACAAUCCAUACAGGAGACAGACCCUUUAAAUGCUCCAAGUGUGGGAAAAGCUUCAAUGACCGCUCCAACCUUAUUAGACACCAGAGGAUCCACAAAGGACAGUAAACUCAUUGACUAGGGCUGGCCAAAGAUGCUUUUGCUAAUUCCUACAUAGAGAUCUUUAAGGCUGUUUGCACCGUUGUGUCACCGCGCGCUCUCAGCUGCCCCACUUUUGCGUUUGCAGCUCACCCUUCUUUGGGGUGAAUCCCAGGGCCCCUUCUAUCAGCCCCUUUGUCCUGGUAGUGGAGGGGAUGGUGUCCCCCACCUGCCGGGAAUGUCCAUCAGCCCCGUGUGGGGAGAUAGCGGUGACCUCGACUAGCUACGUUGAGAUAUAAUCUGCCUAGGCCAUGUCUCCACUGGGUUUUUAAUUAGAGAGCACCAGGUUAGCUCUCCUGAUGUAAAACAUAACGAUUCCUGCAGUGCAGCCACAGCCCAUAGUGCCCGGCAUUAUCUAGCAGGUUCCCCCUGGACCUGACUUAACCUCCAUCACUUUUCCUAGCCUAGACAAACCCUGGGCAUCACAGUCCCCUACGGUCAGCAGAGUGAUUGUCAGAGGCAUUGAGUUCCCCCUUGGGGACAGAUUGGCUAUGUCUACACUCCAAAAACUCCUGCAGCCGCAAGUCUUAGAGUCUGCCUGGGUCUACAGGCGUGGGCGUAUGCUACAGACCUAAAAAUAGCCAAGGAAACAGAUGAGGCUGGAGCUUGGACUCUGAAGCCUGGGGACGGGGCUUUUAGCGCUGUAGCAUGAGCCGGAGUCGAGAGACUGAGGAUCUGAGAAUCGCUGCCACUUUUUCUUUUUUGGGCAGUGUAGACAUAUCCAUAGAGUUUAUUCUGCCCGCAUUCUACUGCUCCACCUCCCAAAGUGUCAUGUGAUGCAACAUUCUCAGCUCUCUGAUUUAGGAUCACAUUGUGAUACCUACGUGCAGACCCGUUAGGGCGGGAGCUGAAAGAGACGCAGACCUGGAGCAGGAAUUUGAAUGAAUCCCACACACUGAGUAAUUGUUCUAUGCUUUCAUCUGCGUUUCCCUCAACCGGCAAAGCUGCUUCUGGGCUUUUUCCGGCUCAGCUGGGAGCGUUGCUGAUGGGAAGUUUGGCUGUUUUUCUCCAUUACGAUGAUGCUAAAACGUUUGUAAAUAACCUGAUUCAAAAAUAAUGAGAUGGCGCUGAGUGAAGCACAUUUGAACGGAUCAGAGGACAACACAAUGGGAGAAUCUGUUGUCCUGAUUCUGAGUCAUCAGAUGUAGCCUGCUCUGCAAUUUCAGUUUAUAUGAAACUGAAAGUGUUUUAUCCCCCUCGGUAUUGUCGGUUUCUCUCUCUUUCCUGAAGGCCAUUUAAUCACAUAACUGGAUAGCAGUUUUGUUAAGUAGAAUGUAGCUCGGAUUUAGUGGAGACUUCGAGACAAAUGACCAUUUGCUAAAAUAGUCAUUUAUUUAUUUUUGUUUUUUCCUUGCCCCUCCAUGAUGACGUGGUCCAUGGGGGAAGUUCACGUGCAGUUCAGUCAUCAGGAGAGGUCAUGCUUCAACCUAUUGGACAUGCUACCAUGGAAACAGUAGUGUUUGAAAAUCUCCACUCCGAGAUGGUAAAUAACAGCACACCCCAAUCUGUGCAACUAACUGAAGUAACUGACUACAAUCACACCCAUGUUCAGCUGGUUACGGCGGUAUCAUUGCCGAUGGUCUGGGAAGAGAAUUCCAGAGUAAGUGACUUAGAGCUAGGGAAAAUAACCGUUUAUUUGGUUCCCAAAGUAGUUGAGGCCCAGGCCCUUCACAUUAGGAAGAUAUUUCCUUCCUAAUCAGGUGCAUGUUGCCUAUGUUUUGGGAAACACUGUCCCCAUCUGUGUAGAUGUGGAGGAAAUGGAAGUGGCAUUUUUGCUGAACUUACCCUUUGUAUGUGUUGCAGAUGUGUAUAAAAUGAACUCAGUGUUGAAUGUGGGGUAGUUGCGGAAUAGUGAUUUUUGAAUAGAUACCCCACUUUUGGUGGCUUGCAGGGAUUCUGAUGCAGUCCCUAAUUUAGACCUGUGCCACCAGAUUAAAGAAACAAAUUGUACAUGUUUGGGGAAGCUUUUCCUCAGUAACACUGCUGAGAUUUUGGGUGGUUUGGUAAAGGAUUCUACUCCAGAGAAGUGUAAAUUUACCCUGACCAAGGCCAAGGAUUUGGCAAGCACUCAGUAAUAGCAGGUACCACCGGUUGGUUUUCACCCCAGAGAAGGACUCUGUGGUGGCCCAGGUAAAACUGUGUUUAGAACACCCCUCCCUAGGUUAAUGGCAUUGAGUAAGGUCCCUGAGGAUGCCAUAGAUAAACUGGGAACAGUUGUCCUUUACCAAAAGGCAAAGAAAGAAGCAGUUAGUGCCUUCAAAGGACAUUCCUUCCUCAUGGAUCCUAGUCUGACUCCAUUGGUGGACAACAAGGACUUUCAUGCUGUGUAAGUGAUGAUAAUCACUGAGGGAAUGGAUGGGUUAGAUUCCAAGUGCAGACAGACAGAUACAUAAAUGUGGAUUCUCGGCUUUUGUCUCUUAGUUUUGCCCUUGUGCUUUAUGCAUUGGCAUCACUACUUCUUCACGUCCUGCUAAUUUGAAAGAUUAGAAAGUGUGAAAAUAGAGUAGAGGUGCUUGUUCUCAUGAUGCAGACCUUCCCACAUAGUGUGAGACCCCUUUCACCAACAUUUAUAGCAGAAGACCAAGAGAGAAACGAAUUCAAAGAAGUGGAAGACACCUAUGUUGACUCAGAAUGCAACUUUACAUGAGACUCACUUGAUAGAACUGGGAAUUAAGAGAAAACUAACACAUAUAAGAUUUUGCAAUCUUUGAAUAUGUUAUUGUUACCAAUGGAAAUGAAAUUGAACAUUAUUGGUUAAAGAGUAAGACACUAAUUUUGUGAUAACAUGAAUUAUACUGGAACACUGCGAUUUUACACUGGUUCUCGUUUAGUAUAGGAAAUGGUGACUAAUCUUUUAAAGUAUAUUUGAUGUAAGAUACAUCCUUUGGACUAAUGAGUUUUGAAGAAAAACCUCACUUCAAAGGUUGGAGUGGGGGGAUACGAGAGAGAAAUAGUGUAUAUGAGAGUACUGACCCAGUGUUUUACUUCAGAUGGAAUUUAUUUCGACAAGCUCCAAAGCAAAUUUUCUGUUAAGUGGAAAUUGCUUAAAGAGACAAGUAGUGUAAUCUUUUACCCAGUUAGUCUGUAAGGGUACAUCUUCACUACCCGCCGGAUCGGCGGGUAGUAAUCGAUCUA